AUGGCCAUCAAACGCAUGUCUCGCGGACGAGGGGGCAUCACAACCCUGCUGGCCUUCGUACUAUUUGUCGGGGUUCUACUUUUCAUCUUCACACCCUCCUCAGAUCCAGAGUCCGUAGCAACCCGACAGAGGAUAUCCGAUGCAGCCGCUGCCAACCCUCUAUCACCACCAACGUCCGCCUUUCGCAAAUCGUCAAAUCCCAAUGGACGACGCUCACCUCCUCCCGUCGUUCAUUACCAACUGAAUAACCUUACGUCGACUGCGAAUCCCAUAGCCAAUAAAGAACGAAUCCUCAUCCUAACCCCUACAACCAAGUUCUACCAAGAAUACUGGGACAAUAUUCUCAAAUUCACUUAUCCACACGAGUAUAUCUCGCUAGGCUUCAUCAUACCAAAAACCACGGAUGGCAACAAGGCGACAACAGAGCUUCAGAGAGCCAUUGCCAAGACUCAAUCAGGACCUGAAUCAGACCGAUUUCAAAGCAUCACAAUUAUUCGACAAGACUUCGAACCACCGCUGACUUCCCAGAGCGAAGCUGAACGCCACAAGAUGGAAAACCAGAAAAUACGGCGGACAUCGAUGGCGCGAGCUCGGAAUUCGCUCCUUUUCACAACCCUGGGUCCUCAUACCUCGUGGGUCCUAUGGCUUGACAGCGACAUAAUCGAGACCCCUCCGGGGCUGAUACAAGACCUCACAUCAUUCGACAAGCCAAUAAUCGUACCUAACUGCUUCCAACGUUUCUACAACACCGACACCAAUGCCGAAGAGGUCAGACCUUAUGACUACAAUUCAUGGCGAGACAGCGAUACAGCACAAGAGCUUGCAGCAAAGAUGGGACCAGAUGAGAUUCUGCUGGAGGGAUACUCAGAGAUGGCCACGUAUCGUACACUAAUGGCACAUCUGGGAGAUACAGAUAGCCGAAGUGAUCAGCGAAAGAUCAUGCCGCUCGACGGUGUGGGAGGAACAGCUUUGAUGGUUAAGGCUGAGGUACACCGGGACGGAGCUAUGUUCCCGCCGUUCCCCUUCUAUCAUCUGGUGGAAACGGAAGGAUUCGCAAAGAUGGCCAGGAGAUUGGGUUGGGAGAGCUGGGGUUUGCCGAAUUAUUUCGUGUAUCAUUACAAUGAGUAG